AUGGAUUACAUUCCUUGUUCGUUCGAUGCCUUCAUCGACAAUUUCUUGGCAUGCUACCGACCCUGCUACUCGGACUAUCUCCAGCAGUUGGUCGCCAACGGGACAUGUGGUGCCAACUACACCACCCUAGCCGCCAGCACCGACCGCUCCGAUCUCAAGUGCAUCUGCGAGAACGCAAACGGGGUCUCCAAUAAUUGGACGUCGCAGGUCCUGGAGUGCACGCACUCCUCGUGUAACGGAACAUUCAACUACACCCGGUGGGCGGACAUGCCCUGGCUUACUAGCUACUUUGACCGGGGAGGAGGGUUGGCCUGCAGAAAGGCACUGUACAGAUUGGGAUCUCAACGAAUAAUCAUUCCCUUUCGGGAAAACCCCGGUCCAUUUCAUAUGCUCAAUACCUCUCCUAGACCUCUUAGAGAGGUAGUAUACAACAAACCAAUUAGACGCUAUAUCCAACUUAGGUCGGCUCCGACAGGUCCCAGCGCCUUACCCGUUCCUGCUAUUUCGGAAAUGUUGGAUGGCCCGCUGUCACCCCUGGUUGGUAACCGCUAG